GCUUGGCUACGCAGGAAUGGAGUUUCGCUUGGAGUGGGAUAUAAGGGAGGAUAAAUCAACCAGAAAUUGGACAGCAGCAGAUGGUCUUCCAUAUAUAAACGCUGCCAACCCAUAUAACCUUGAGACUGGAACGACUAUGUAUUCGAAUGAGCGCCCAAGUGAAGGAACACUUGCCUUCUUUUCUUUUGCACCUUGUUAUCGACAACCUAUCCUGUCUAUUCCCAUCACGCAGGUUUCAAGGAGAUCAUAGGUUGUAAGGUCGUGCGAGGAUAUAAU